AUGCUGUCGGUUUCAAUCAUCCUGACUGCCCAAACUUUAUUUUUGUUUGUUCUAAAUGUAGAAUGUUGCUCAAACGAUGAGACGACGCUGGUGAAACGACUGUUCACUGGUUACAACAAAGUGGUUCGUCCCGUUAACCACUUCAGUGAAGCUGUAGUGGUUACUGUGGGAUUACAGUUAAUACAGCUUAUAAGUGUGGAUGAAGUUAACCAAAUUGUGACCAGUAAUGUCCGUCUCCGACAGCAAUGGGUAGACGUUAACUUACGGUGGAAUCCUGAAGACUAUGGAGGAAUCAGAAAGAUCAGAGUUCCUUCAUCUGACAUAUGGAAACCUGACCUUGUGUUAUACAACAAUGCUGAUGGUGAUUUUGCCAUCAUCCAUGAAACUAAAGUCCUGCUAGAGUACACUGGCAAGAUAAUAUGGAACCCUCCAGCCAUCUUUAAGAGUUACUGCGAGAUUGUUGUCCUUCACUUCCCAUUUGACCUACAGAACUGUACUAUGAAAUUAGGAACCUGGACAUACGAUGGCCUGCUGGUCGUAAUCAACCCGGAGAGUGAUCGACCUGACCUCAGUAACUUCAUGGAGUCAGGUGAAUGGGUGUUAAAAGACUACAAAGGGUGGAAGCACUGGGUGUACUACACUUGCUGUCCUGACACACCAUACCUGGACAUUACCUACCAUUUCCUGAUGUUGCGACUGCCUCUCUAUUUUAUCGUUAACGUCAUAAUUCCCUGCAUGCUGUUCUCUUUUCUCACCGGAUUGGUCUUCUACCUGCCUACUGACUCUGGUGAAAAGAUGACUCUCUCCAUCUCUGUCCUGCUGUCUCUGACUGUCUUCUUGCUGGUUAUUGUGGAGCUGAUCCCCUCCACUUCGAGUGCUGUUCCCCUCAUAGGGAAAUACAUGCUCUUCACAAUGGUAAUGGUCAUCGCCUCCAUCAUCAUCACUGUCAUCGUCAUCAACACACAUCAUCGCUCACCAAGUACGCACACCAUGCCGGGGUGGAUCCGUAAGGUCUUCAUUGAAACCAUUCCCAACAUGAUGUUCUUCUCAACAAUGAAGCGCCCCAGUCAGGAGAUUCGGCAGAAGAGGCUGUUCCCUACUGACAUGGACAUUUCCGACAUCUCAGGUAAUCCUACCCCGACGGCUGUCACCUAUCAGUCCCCCAUUGUUAAAAACCCUGAUGUUCGUAGCGCAAUCGAGGGGGUGAAGUACAUCGCAGAGACUAUGAAGUCAGAUGAAGAAUUUAACAAUGCAGCAGAGGAGUGGAAGUUCGUUGCCAUGGUUUUGGAUCACAUCCUGCUCUGUGUGUUCAUGGCUGUGUGCAUCAUCGGGACUCUUGCUGUCUUUGCUGGGAGACUCAUUGAGCUCAACACACUGUAG